GUCCUCUAUUAAAACAUGUGUACAUUACGCGUACAUUGUUGUGCAUAGGUUUUGGUAAAAAAAGUACUCAUUGGACCAAUCAAUCUGCACAAAAUUUUAUAUGUGUCAAGAAGAACCCUUUGCCAAUAGCAUAAUAAAGUUUUUAAAAAUUCCAAUACCGAUUGCCUGAGAAAAAAAGAUUUCCGUACACCAUAUCCAUCAAAACGUCACUGGCGCAUUGAUAUGGCCCUGUCAAAGUACAAGUUCUAAACUGACCAGUGAGACCACAUUUUCUUAAAUAUAUUAUCAAAAAGCAUAUUUCUGUGAUGGCCUGACUCUGUAGAUUAAGAAUCAACCACAGAUUGAGAAUUAAUUCCACUUUGGUCCAUCCCAGCCAUGUAUUUACCACAACUUGACAUUUUGAUAAGCUCUAUGUGACUGUGCCACACUUCCCGUCGUGGAUGAAUACAGGUCUCUGCCCUUGAGUCAGAAAUUUAUUUUUACUCCUUAUAAAUCACCAUCUAACAUCGUUAUUUGCGAGCAAUGUUGUAAUUAUCGACAUUAACUCGUGAGAACGCAUAAUGAGCAGGCCACAAGAUGCAUCACAAGGGGAAAUAAUCCACCUGAAUGUCGGUGGGACGAGGUUUUCGACAUCAAGACAGACAUUGACAUGGGUCCAGGACUCAUUCUUCACAAGUUUACUAAGCGGCAGAAUCUCUUCUCUGCGUGAUGAAACAAAUGCAAUUUUCAUUGACAGAGAUCCUAAAUUGUUUAGCAUUAUAUUAAACUAUCUCAGGACAAAGGAUGUGAACCUUAGAGAUGUUGACUGCUCUACCCUUCGCCAUGAGGCAGAAUAUUAUGGAAUUAUACCCUUAGUGCGUCGACUUGUCCUGUGUGAGGAUAUAGAGAAUGUGUCGUGUGGUGAUGUCCUCUUCCAUGGUUAUCUGCAGCCGCCUUCGCCACCUGUAAUGGAUCCGGCCAGUCGCCGACAGUCUGUGUCCAGCAUAGAAGCCGAGUUACCACGUGACUGUCCUGUAUUCAUCCCCUCACGAAGAGCAGGGGAAUCGCCUUCGAGGUGUUCAGUCCAUACGGCAUCCUCUGAUCAUUCAGGGAGGACACUUAGAUCAGAUUUAUGCACAACAAUUCCUCCCCCUGGUAUGCCAGUGAGCUGGAUGGAUCCAAUGCAAGUGUGCGUCGUCAGAGGUCAUCAUAACUGGAUUGCUGUGGCUUAUCCUCACUUUGUCUGCUGUUACAGAAUGAAGGAUUCCACUGGAUGGCAUUUAGCGUGGACAAGUCCUUACCUCUGUAGCUUUAUCGAACGCAUCGCAAUAAAUGCCAAGCUGACCAACCCAAACUUAGACAACACGUCCAAGAUGGUCGCCGUGGCAUCUGGAAGUCAGAUCAAGCUGUGGACCAUCAAAGAUGGAGGAGAGAAUCGAGAGAUCGGCAUCUUUAAUCUGUCCGUUCAUGUGGACCACUUGUUCUUCAUAGGGAGCCAGCUCGUUGCUUUGAGUCACACUGGCAAGGUUGGAGUUUGGCACGCGAUGACUCAGAAUUGGCAGAUUCAAGAUGUGGUGCCGAUCACCAGCUACGACACGGCUGGUUCUUUCCUGCUCCUUGGCUGCAAUAACGGCUCAAUCUAUUACAUCGAUAUGCAGAAGUUCCCAUUACGCAUGAAAGAUAAUGACCUCUUAGUGACAGAACUGUAUAAAGAUCCCAGUAGUGAUAGUGUGACAGCAUUAAGUGUGUAUCUAACUCCAAAAACUAGUCUAAGCGGGAAUUGGAUUGAGAUAGCCUAUGGUACGAGUGCGGGUAAUGUGAGGGUCAUCGUCCAGCAUCCCGAAACAGUCGGUCAAGGUCCACAGCUCUUCCAGACUUUCAGUGUCCACCGAAGUCCAGUUUCCAAAGUCCUAUUGUCAGAGAAACAUCUUGUGUCGGUGUGCUCCGACUCGAACCACGUGCGUACGUGGAGCGUGACCAGAUUCCGCGGCAUGAUUUCUACCCAGCCCGGUUCUAUGCCUGUAGCAUCAUUCAAGAUUGUCUCAUUGGAAACAGUAGAACCUCUGCUGACAUACAUGGCAGGAAAUGACUUUGGUCCGUUCGGUGAACAAGAUGACCAGCAGGUGUUUGUCCAGAAGGUUGUGCCUCAGACGGAUCGCCUCUUUGUCAGAAUGUCAUCCAAUGGCAAAAGGAUUUGUGUGAUCAAGUCUGUAGAUGGCAGCACCAUCAGUGCAUUCAGUGUUCAUGAGUGUGAAGGGUCUAGUCGCAUGGGCUCCAGGCCAAGACGUUACAUAUUUACAGGACAUUCAAACGGGAGCAUACAGAUGUGGGACCUUACUACUGCUCUAGACUUUGCUUCCAAGGCAGAUAAUGAUCAUGAACACGGUGGUCCAUCUCCACAGGAGCUUGUCAAGCUUCUCGAUCAAUGUGACAUCAGUAACUCCCGCAACACGACACCAUCAGUGAGCCCAUCUCCGUCUGCAAUGUCAUCCAAUUCUAACCAAUUCAUUCGGAGGGCGAUGGCAAAUUUGACAGAAGGUGCCCAUUUGCCUAAACCGUGUUCCCCCAUGGCAAAGUUCUGAAACAUGCUGCCUGCUUCCACAUCUCUGCAAGGUUGUGCUACCAUUUAUGACUGUAUUUUCCCGUUUGCUUCAAGGAAAAGGGAUGUUAAAACUGAUGUCUAAAAACUUGGAUUCUUGUGCUGAAAGCUAUUCCCCCACUCAUGCAGAGAUCUGGAAGCGGCAAAACCUUACUCUGGAAGCCAGCUAAAAUGACUUUUCUUUCUUAUGUCAAGGUGUGUAAUCUGUAAUUGGAGAACCAAUGGAGGAUAUGAGUAUAGAUGUACAUUUGGAAUGUGAAUAAUCCUUUGAUAUGUUCUUUUCAAGCAAGUUAAUUGUGUAAAUUAUCUGUAAUUUCUGUAUAUUGGAGGUUGUGAUUUAUUUUAAAGGUGCUGCUUUAGCUUGAGUGUUAAAGGUCCCAUUUAUGUAAAAAUAAAUGUUCUCAAUUCCCAAGCUGUGUAGUAACAUUGUCAGUGUGGAUGUAUAGAUACAGAUUAUGCGGAGUCCGUGGGGUUGUGAUUCGGGAUUGGAGCUCAUAAUCUCGAGGUUAUGGGUUCAACUCCUGAUAGAACUGCUAUUUUAGAGUGUUCCAAAACUGUUCAUUUCAGAUUGAACUAGUCGAUGUAUGUUCUCAAAAUCAAUGUUAAGUCUUUAUUUGCAUUUCCAUGUUGAUAGGAAAGAUAUGUGCUUGUUAAAUUCACCUUGUAGGAGAGAUUGUACUAGGAAGAGUUUUAGGCUUUGGAACAAAAAACUGAUUGUUAUCAGCUGACGGAAAUGAUAACUAGGUCUAAAGGACUGUUGCAGUUUUGAUGGCUUUGUUUGUAACAAGCAAGGUUUCAGGGGUCUUUGGGGGGUGGGGCUCUAGGUUGGCACCACCUUACUCCAAGGGUGUAGGCGGGGUAAGGCUCGUAGUUGGGGCGAACUUGGGAUAGUGUACUUGUUGUAAACAUUAACUUCUAUUUAUUUACUUGUUCCUGUUUCUCUAAUGUAAUUAAUUGAAAUAAUAUUGUUUAAAAUGGAUGGAUUUUUACAGUAAAUUUAUCUUUUAAGGGUA